CUUUCUACCUCCUAUUUUACCAAACACGCCCCUAAUUUCUUCAUCUCUCUCUUCGGAUCUCCUUCAUCUUCGUCGAUUUCCCCUGUAUUUAACUGAGUACUUUCACUAUCACUGGAAUGGUGUUUUAAUCUCAAUUUCUGUUCCGGAAGUAAGAAUUUUGUUUUGCAAUCAUGUCAGGGCAAAAUGAAUCGAGGAUCCGACCCAGCGGCAGGGCAGCAGUAGUGGUUCUCGGCGAUAUUGGACGUAGCCCUCGUAUGCAAUAUCAUGCUCUUUCCCUUGCUCGUCAGGCUCAUCUAGAGGUCGACAUUGUUGCAUAUGGAGGUUCGGACCCUCAUUCUGCUGUAAAAGAGCAUAAAUCUAUUCACAUCAAUGAAAUGACACAGUGGCCAUCAAACCCCAGAAGUUUUCCAAAGAUACUCCAUCCUUUAUUGCUCAUACUUAAGCCACUGGUCCAGUUUUUUAUGCUUCUAUGGUAUCUCUGUGUUAAAAUUCCGAAGCCGGAUGUUUUCAUAGUUCAGAAUCCACCAUCUGUUCCUACACUGGUUGCUGUAAAAUUGGCCAGUUGGAUUAGACGUUCUGCGUUCAUUAUAGAUUGGCAUAACUUUGGAUAUACUCUUCUAGCAUUGUCUCUCGGGAGGAAUAGUCGGUUUGUGGCGUUAUAUCAUUGGAUUGAGAAGCAUUUUGGGAAAAUGGCUAAUGGUUCCUUAUGUGUGACAAAGGCAAUGCAACAUGAAUUGGCUCAAAACUGGGGAAUCAGUGCCACUGUUCUAUAUGAUCAACCUCCUGAUUUUUUCCAACCUGCUUCCCUUGAGGAGAAGCACAAGUUGUUUUGUGGGAUUGAUAAGAGUCUGAGAACACCUUACAGCCUUCAAGACUGUCUUAGCAAUGAGGUACUAACACCAGACGAUGACAAUCCUAAUGUAACUCUAUUUACAACUCAGACUGGCACAGAUAUUUCCUUGAAGUGGAACAGACCAGCGCUCAUUGUAAGCAGUACAAGCUGGACUCCGGAUGAAGAUUUUAGCAUUCUCUUAGAAGCAGCACUAAUGUAUGACAGAAGGGUUUCUGCAUUGCUGAACGAGGAUGACUUGAAGAGGGAGGAUGUUUUCUGGCAGGAAAUCAAGGGUGGGAAGCAAUACCCUAGAUUAUUAUUUAUAAUUACAGGUAAAGGGCCUGAAAAGGAAAAAUAUGAACAAAAGAUGGCAAAACUCAACCUUAAACGUGUUGCAUUUCGUACUAUGUGGUUGGAGCCAGAGGAUUACCCAUUGCUUCUUGGAUCAGCAGAUCUUGGUGUUUGCUUGCAUACGUCCUCUUCAGGGUUGGAUCUUCCAAUGAAGGUUGUGGAUAUGUUUGGCUGUGGAUUACCGGUCUGUGCUGUUUCCUACUCUUGUAUCAACGAGCUGGUCGAGGUUGACAAGAAUGGCCUACUCUUCUCUUCAUCCUCGGAACUGGCUGAUCAAUUUGUGAUGCUGUUUAAGGGAUUCCCAGGUGAAUGUGAUGAGUUGAAGUCGCUGAGACAGGGAGUAUUGGCAAGCAGAUCUUCUGUUAAUUGGGCAACAGAGUGGGAAGCAAACGCCAAACCUCUAAUAUCCAAGGCAAGUAGAUUUCUUCACACAUAAGACUCUUUUUCUAAUUUGUUGCAAAUGUCAUUACUAUUUAGAUGGCAUCUAAACACGCCAUGCAUUAUGCAGGUUAUUUUUGACAACUCGAGCUGAUUUUGAAGCAAAGAUUUCAGAACUCUGCUGUCAACUACCCCACAGAUCUGAGGAAUUUCGGAAAUUAUAUGCUCAUCUAGUGUCACACUGCAAGCCGAGGGUCCCUGCUACUCUCCCCCGCCCUUUCCCAGGCGCCACAGAGAAACCAAUUUUUGCGGCUCUAUUAGGAUCAUUAGUCAAUAGUCACAGAUUUCUGUUUUGGGUUUUGUAUAACUGAAGUUGUACAGCUUUAGAAGUGGCCAUAGCACUAUUGAGGACUCACUUGCCUUUUACCUCUCUUAGUAGUUUAACAAAGUUAUA